AAAGUAAUGUUCUGCUGUGGACGUAUGUUAGACUCCUAGAAGAAUCUGUUAGUUUGUGUUGAGUGACUUUAGUGAAUCUGGACUAACUUUAAAACACUAAAGUCUCACAAGAGUCUUUGGAGUCUAAAACACGUCCACAGCAGAACAUUACUCUGGAGCUGGUUCUCCCGUCUGAUGCUGCUGAAGAGUGGAUCAGCACAUUACGUGCAUAUGUUCACCUUUCUCUCAGAUAUGAGCCCAUUAAAGGAUGAAAAAGAGCUUAGGUUCAUCCACCACCUGUCUGCUCUAACCACCUCCUGCAGAGCUCUGUGUUGUUGUGUUGUCUGUCGCCUCAGCGGUGAUGUAACCAGCCACCAGCAGAUGUGUUGCCCCGCUGGAUUGUCAGAAGGUCACAUUUCACUUUGGUUCAGAUGUGAAAUGUGACUGAGUGACUUGUGGGUCAGGACUGUUUGACGUACUGUGGAGAGACAUGUGGAGAAUGUGAAGAGUCACUUUAAACAUCACAUCCUGUGUGCUGCAGUGUUAGUUCACUCAUUAAGUUUUCAUUUCCUUUGAAACUUCAUUCCAAUGUUCUUCAAGCUCUUCUCACCGGCCUGUUCUGUGAGGUCAUGAUCUGAUGGUUCUGUGUGGUUGCAGGUGGUGACCGGAUCGGGCCGUCAGGAGGCCCAGAAGACCGACGCCGAGUACCGGAAGCUGUUCGACUUGUCCCUGCAGGGCAUCCAGCUGCUGUCCCAGUGGAGCGCUCACGUCAUGGAAGUGUACUCCUGGAAACUGGUUCAUCCGACAGAUAAAUACUCCAACAAAGAGUGUCCCGACAACGCCGAGGAGUACGAGAGAGCCACCAGAUACAACUACACGUGCGAGGAGAAGUUUGCUCUGGUGGAGGUGAUGGCGAUGAUAAAGGGGCUGCAGGUGCUGAUGGGACGCAUGGAGAGCGUGUUCAAUCACGCCAUCCGUCACACCAUCUUCUCGGCUCUGCAGGACUUCGCUCAGGUGACUCUGCGCGACCCGCUGCGACAGGCCAUCAAGAAGAAGAAGAACGUCAUCCAGAGCGUCCUCCAGGCCAUCAGGAAGACGGUGUGUGACUGGGAAACCGGCCGAGAGCCCCACAACGACCCGGCGCUCCGCGGAGAAAAAGAUCCCAAGGGCGGCUUUGAUAUCAAGGUUCCUCGCCGAGCAGUGGGCCCCUCCAGCACCCAGCUCUACAUGGUGAGGACCAUGCUGGAGUCUCUCAUCGCAGACAAAAGUGGCUCCAAGAAGACUCUGCGCAGCGGCCUGGACGGCCCCACCAUCCUGGACAUCGAGAGGUUCCACCGCGAGUCCUUCUUCUACACACACCUGCUGAACUUCAGCGAGACCCUGCAGCAGUGUUGUGAUCUCUCUCAGCUCUGGUUCAGGGAGUUCUUCCUGGAGCUCACGAUGGGCCGCAGGAUCCAGUUCCCCAUCGAGAUGUCCAUGCCCUGGAUCCUCACCGACCACAUCCUGGAGACCAAGGAGGCGUCCAUGAUGGAGUGAGUACCUCCUGACUAGUCGUUGUGAUUUAUUUGAUAGGUGUUAUUCAAUAGUUUCAUAUAAGUGUGUUCCAACACAACCACAGACUGUGACGUCACUCAUUGCUUUGUGGACUACCGUUAUGAGUUUGGCAAUUUUGGCCGUCGCCAUCUUGUUUUUCUGCAACCAGUAAACAGGAAGUGAGCAUAUCUGGACUGAGGAGGAG